AUGUCCGAACUGAAGCAAGCAUAUCUGUCCAGCCUGGCCAUAGCCCGCAAUGCCGACGUGUUCAUCUGGUGGGGCGGCUCGAAGGACGCAGAGAUAAUCGCCUGUUUUAGUCACGCCAUGCUCACUACGAACAGUCCCUUCAUAACAGUGCAAACGCUGCUGCACUGGAUCGAUUGUCUAGCGACCUGGGGUGGCGCACUGGUGCUGAAAUCGGUCAAGGUGGAGUACAAGAGCUGUCUCCACUAUGCGAUCAAACGUGCAGAUGACAACGGAGUGCCGCUGCCAGACGCUCACAUCCUCACGGCUGGUAACUAUGGCUGCUACUAUCUAAAUCCGCACUCGGCUAAAAGACAGCCGCUCGCCCCGCUAUACAAGGUGGUGUCACUCGAACAAUUGGAGAAACAACUCAACAACCCAAAGUCAUUCAAGCGGAAGUACUAUCAGGGUUACUUGCAGUACAACUACAUCUCCGAUGACGCGCGCAGCGGUGUCCUUAAACGAGAUAGCCGGUGCAUAUUUACCGGGGCAACACACGAUCCAAGUGGCAAUCCUGUAGGCAUUGAUUGGAUUAUUCCCCCCGCCCUUGCGCAUUAUCUUGGCAACGCACGAACCCAGGAUCCAGAGCUGAACAUCCAGAUAUCACCGAGUGUAUACUACACUAAACAGGCCAAUAUGGUGCCCGUGCGGGCAGACAUAUACAAGCUAUGGCUUGCGAGUGCGUUCACCGUUGACGUCGAUGAUGGCUACAGAAUCCACAUCUUCGACGACAAGGCUCAGGGCGUCGGGUUGCGCGACCAUCUGGAAGCCCCGGAUCCUGCCUGGGAUGCUUACUUCGGCGAGCACCUCCGUAUCACGCUGGUCGUUCAUCUGGCGCAUGGGGACAGGGCGAUCGAGUACAACACGGUUGCUAUCGCACACUUCAAGUCUACUCAGGUGAAAUUGGAUCGAAAGAGCGGGCUUCCAGUCGACCUUCGCAAUCAUGCGAAAUGGGACAGUGUCAUCGGGAAGCUCAUUCUGAAUGACAUCAAGACGGUGCCCGUCACGCCGGAAUCCAUUCGCGUGAGAGGAUACCAGUACGUUGACGAGAUCGUUGACUUGGAGGACGCAGAGUGGGAGGAAGAGGAUGACGAGGAGGUCGAGGAGGUUGAGGAGGCUGAGGGAGCUGGGGAUGAUAAAGGGUCAGCCUUGGGGGAGGAAGCUGUCGGAGAGGGUGGCGUAGACGAAGGUCCGGCGGAGGAUAUUGUGGACGAGGACCUGUACGAAGAUAGCGACUAG